CUAGAGGCCAGUUAUGGCCCCUUCAUCCCUGGACUGCAAAGCGCCUUUCGCAGCUCUUUCUCCGUGCCACAAGUUCCCACCGCGCAUCUUCUCGUUUGAGUGCUGACUGCUGGUGUCGAUUCAGGACGUGCAGCUCAAACGCACAAGUUUUCUUCUCAGUUAAAACUGGAGGUGACCCAACAUUUUGCUGCAUAAUUUCAGGAGAAUGAGAAGAAGUUGCUCUUGAUCUCUACUUCUUUAAGGCCCAAUCCACAAACAGUAAUCUGGAGGCAACAAUGAACCUUUUCAGGAAAGACGCCAUGAGCUCCAAGAAGGAGAAGGUGGUCCAGUAUGAAGACCCUCCGGAUGGUGGCUGGGGAUGGUUGGUUGUGCUGCACUGUUUCCUGGUGAAUGUCCUUGUUAUGGGCACACUGAAGACAUUUGGCAUUUUCUUUGUGGCUUUCCAAGAUGAGUUUGGGGGCUCAGCAGAGAGCAUCAGUUGGAUCGGCUCCAUAAUGUCUUGCCUUCGACUCUCUGGAGCACCCAUUGCAUCAGUAGCCUGUGCCAAAGUGGGCACCAGGGUGACCUCCAUCACUGGAGCCCUGAUGGUCAGUGGGGGCUUCUUCUUGAGUAUCUUUGCCAACAGUGUUGUGUACCUCUACAUGACCAUGGGAGUUGUAGUUGGAAUAGGCUUUGCACUUCUAUACCAGUCCUUCUCAGUUGUCACGGCGAUGUACUUUAAGAAACGUUUGGCAACAGCAUACGCUAUAGGCCGAUGUGGGAUGGGUCUGACAUUUGGUCUGGCUCCUUUCACACAGCUGCUUUUGGACCAGUAUGCGUGGCAAGGGGCAUUGCUGAUUCUUGGAGGUCUGAUGCUGAACCUGGUGGCCACUGGGAUGUUACUGAGACCCAUUAAAGUGAAGUCAGCUGCCACCAACACCUCAGUCCAAACGAGCCCAGCCCUGUCUCUUCGGAGCGCCUCGGAGAAGGACUGCUCUAAAAGCUAUGUGAAUGGAUCUUUGUCCAGUGGAGUGUCCUCAAACGGCGUCUCCCCUAAAAGAACCUCCAGGUGCCCCCCUCCUUCCCCUGGGCCUACCAUAGACUAUUAUCAGAAACAAGGCCCUCUUGACCCGGUAAAGCCUGAGCUGAACCCACUGGUCCUAAAUGGAGCGAAUGGUCAUGAACCCCAUGCGGAAAAGUGCUCUCCUCCAGACACCGCUGAACUCAAUAGCAGCCUGAAUGGAACCACAAUAGCAGGACUGCCUUCCCACACCAGUAUACCCACAGAGGUAACCGGCAAAGAGGCCAAAGUACUGGACUGGUCACUGCUUAAAGACCCUUUCUUUUGCAUCUUCACCUGGUCCGUAGUCUUCAGUCAGCUGGCCUAUUUCAUCCCAUAUUUUCACUUAUCGGCUCGCGCCAGGGACCUGGGCAUCGAUGCCAUGGAUGCUUCCUUCAUCAUCUCUGUUGCAGGUAUUACAGAGACCUUUGCUCAGCUGGCUUCAGGUUGGGUCACUGACAGAAACCUGUUUCACAAGUACCACUACCACAAAGCCUACCUGAUCCUGUGUGGGCUUGUCAACCUGAUAAUGCCUCUAGCAACCUCCUACAUCCUGCUCAUGGUGUAUGCCGUCUUUUUCGCCCUCUUCUGUGGGGGAUACAUGGCGCUGCUGCUGCCCGUCCUGGUGGACAUGGUGGGAGUGGACAAACUUAAUAACUCCAUGGGUUUCUCCAUGUUCUUUGUGGGGCUGGGCUGCCUCACAGGGCCUCCUUUAGCUGGCCUCCUGUAUGAUUAUACACAAACCUACGAUUGCUCCUUCUACCUGGCUGGGCUGUGCUACCUGCUCUCCUCUCUGUCCUUCUUCCUGGAGCCCCUCGCCCAGCGCUGGAAGGCCCGCAAGAGACGAAUUCAUUCUCCCAAAGCUGAGAGCAGCAGCUGCAGGACCAACGGCUGCUUCAUCUCAGACCGCACACACAAUGGGGCCGUGUAGACCUCACAAACCAGGGAAUGCCUUUGGAACCAGCUUAGACUGUCUUUGGACUGGAUACGUGAGACUUGAAUGUGGUCCUGGUGUAGGGUCAGAACUGGACAAAAACCUUCAGUCAUGCACAGACUUAAACUUAAUAGAAACCAGAACCUGGCUGCAUGAUUGUUAUGAAUAUACACUGUGUGCAUAAUUAUUAGGCAGAUAGAUAUUAGUUGUAUUUAUGAGGAUUAAUUUUAUAAUUGAACAACUACAGUGCUCUCAGUCAGUCCAAAAUGUUAAUAAACCUCAAGCCUGAAUAUUUAAGAAAAUGAAAGUGAAGUUUUGGCUUUCUUAGAAGAAAAUCUAUGGGUGCACAAUUAUUGGGCAACUAUAAAUGUGCAGAAUUAUUACACAAUUAAAUGAAAAAUUUACAUUUUCCAUUCUCUGUUUAUUUUCAUCUGUCAGAAUAGUAAACAACUAAAAAUGUACAAAUAAACAUUUCUGACAUAAAAAAAAAAUCUGUGACCAAUAUUGCCACCCUUCUCAAUAAUGGUCAUAAGCCUUCCAUUCAUGGAGUCUGUCAGUUUCUUGAUCUGUUGACGAUCAGGUUUUUGUGCAGCAGAAACCACAGCGUCCCAGACGCUGUUCAGAGAGGUACUGUUUUCCUUCACCGUAAAUCUCCGGUUUAAGAAGGGCCCACCAGUCCUCAAUAGGGUUUAGGUCAGGUGAGGAAGGGGACCAUGGCAUUAUUUUUUCAUGUUUAAAGCCUUUACUGGCUAGCCAUGCAGUGGAGUACUUCGAUGCAUGCGAUGGAGCAAUGUCCUACAUAAAAAUCAUGCAGCCUUUUGAAAGAUGCAGCAUUUUUCUUGUACCACUGCUUGAAGAAAGUGUCUUCUUAAAACUAGCAGUGGGUUUUGGAGUUCAUUUUGAGUUCAUCUUUAACCCAAAAAGGUCCAACAAGUUCAUCUUUAAUAAUACCAGGCCAUACCAGUAUCCCACCUCCACCUUGCUGGUGUCUUAAGUCGAAGUGGAGCUCUAUACCCAUUACUGAUCCAGCCACAUCCAUCAAAAGUCACUCUUAUCUCAUCAGUCCAUAAAACUUUUGAAAAAUUUGUCUUCAGAUAUUUCUUGACCCAGUUUCAGCUUAUGUUUCUUGUUCAGUGGUGGUCGGGUUUCAGCCUUCCUCACCUUGACCAUGUCUCUGAGCACUGAACACCUUAUACUUCUGGGCACUUCAGGUAGGUUGCAGUUCUGGAGUAUGACAGUGCUGGAGGAUAAUGGGUUCCUGGUAGCUUCAUGUUUGAUUCUUCUUAAAUUUCUUGCAGUUAAUUUGCAUCUUUUUCUCUCAACGUGUUUCUUGUGACACUGUUGACUAUUUGCAACAAAAUGUUUGAUGGUUCUGUGAUCCCAAUAUCUUUGCAAUUUCAAGAGUGCUGCAUCUCUCUGAAAGUCUUUUUUAAAUAUUUUGGUUUUCAGAGUGAGUUAAAUCUCUUUUUUGGACCAUUUUGCCUGAGGAAAAGAAGCUGCCUAAUAAUUCUGCACACCUUGAUAUAGGGUGUUGAUGUCCUUAGGCCACACCCUCCCUUGUUAGACCUGAUAUGCUUAAAUUCAAGUUUAUACAGCUUAGAGAAUAUGCAUAAAAAUCAUGAUAUGGUUAAAAUACCCACUUGCCUAAUAAUUGUGCACACACGGCGUAUGUAUGCGGCAUUAAGUAUCCUGACUGAACUCUUGAAGCCAAAGGUUUUAGAAGAAUCUCUUUGGAUAACACAUAUUUAGAUAAUUUUAGAUCAUCUAUCUUCAGAGGCACAUGCUUCAAAUGUAUAUUUUAUAUCAGCACAAUGUAACUAAGCUGCAAGUUUAUAUACAAUAAUAGUAGUAACGCAUAGUAUUGCUGAUAACUAGCUAUGCACACGUAUAACCUCAAAUAGCACACAUUUUUAACCUCUUCACUUGAUUCUUAGAAAGCCUGUGCUUAUAGAUAUGCACUUUGAGCCAACUUUGAAAAUGCUGCAUGUUCCCUCACUCUGCUAGAUAAUGAAUCAGCAAAAAGCCAAAAAGUUGCCUCACAGUUGAAACUGGGGUAACACACGAACAAGCAUUUUCUAAACUUCAGCUGGAAACCUCUUUGUUAUACCACAGAUGAAGAAGUCAUUUGAGAAGAUUAGCUUCCUAGUUGCUACAUACAGUACAUCUGUACAGUUUUGCCUUUUUUGCCCAUAACUUUUUGUAUGAGGCUUAUUUUAGCCAAUGGCCAACAAACAGUUUUCUUUUCUGUACAAUGUUUCCUUUGGUGACUCUGACCAAGUUUUGCUGAGUAGUUGAAUUAUGUGAAUGAAUGUUCUUGACGGUGCUCUGACUGGACUUUGUGGUGAAUCGUUGCACAGCCUCCUCAGUGCCUGCAGGCAGCCAACUAUUGGCUAUGCAACUCAUGUUAUGUUGUGUAAUACUUAAAGACUCUUAUUGUUUGUCAAAUCAAUAUUAUGUUUGUUUGUCACCACUAUUUGCCUUAAGAUACUCCACUGUAUCUUUUUGUAUACUGUGAUGCCAGCCAAAGACAUGUUAUGUUCACCUUCAUCUGCUUAAUCAAAUUUUGUUUUUAAGGUGUCAGGUUUGUGACACAAAGCCAUUAACCAUGUCCUGGCGAAUUUAGACAUGUCUAGCUUAAGAUGAAGUGGUUUGCUGCAGCUCCCUCUUGUGGCCUCAACAGGUUUGUACACAAAGAAUUCUGUUUCAAUUAUCACCAAAUUAGUUCCCCUCAGCUCACUUUCACAAUACUGACCAGGGUUCUUUGUUUUGCAUCAAUGACAGCCAUGGACAAAAGCCCCAUCAGGUCAGGAGUUUUAUCUGUUUAUUGAAUCCACUGAAUUUUUUGUACAUUUAUGAAACUGUUAUGAGGCUUUAAAGUAGUCUAUGGUUUGGGAUUUUCCUUAGAUAUUUGGUUAAAAAAUGGAAAAUUCCAUUCCUUCAAUGGAAAAUGGGUUCUUGUUUAUCAUGGAUUACUCACAUAUUUCUCCUUGAAUUUCUGGGUUGAACAAUAUUUUGUUACUUCUUUUAAUGUUCAAGUUUAUAGACUAAGAACUCCUGGUCCCUUACUGCUCAAUUAUUAAA